AUGGAGCAGCUCAGCAAGACAUGCUUCUGCCUGGUGGCUGGUGGUCUUGGUGAGCGAUUAGGUUAUCCUGGCAUCAAGAUCGGCAUCACAGCAGAGCUUACCACCGGUGUGACCUUCAUGGAGCUCUAUGCCAAAUACAUCCUUGCGUUUCAGGCAUAUGCGCGAAAAGCCACUGGAGACGGCUCCCUGGAGCUCCCUCUGGCAAUCAUGACCUCAGGCGACACCAAUGCAAAGACCUUGGAGCUUCUCGAGGCCAACGCCUACUUCGGCUUGAGCACGAGCCAGGUGACCAUCAUGAAGCAGGAGCUGGUACCUGCAUUGAUGGAUAUCGAGGCUCGAAUCGCUGUCAAGGACGGUCACGUGGAGAAGAAGCCACAUGGCCAUGGCGAUGUGCACGCACUGCUCCACCAGCAUGGCUUGCCCGCCAAGUGGGCCAAAGAAGGCAGAGAGUGGCUUCUGCUGUUUCAAGACACGAACCCACUGCCCUUCCGCAGCCUUUGCGCGAUUCUGGGCGUGUCUGUUAGCCGCGGCUUCGCGAUGAACUCCGUCGCCGUUCCGCGCCUGCCUGGCGAAGCAGUGGGCGGCAUUUGUCAGCUGAAAGGCGCCUCGGGUGAUGACCUGACCAUCAACGUCGAAUACAACCAGCUGGAUCCACUUUUGAAGGACACUCCGGCUGGUGGGGAUGUGGCAGACGCGAGCGGCUUCUCCCCCUACCCCGGCAACAUCAAUGUCCUAGUUUUCCAUGUUGGCACAAUGGCGCAGCGGCUCGCCACAACCGGUGGAAUCGUUCCGGAGUUCGUGAACCCAAAGUGGGCAGAUGCCGAGAAGAGCAAGUUUAAGUCACCGACGAUGAGCUUUACCUGCGUAAAGAACAACCUGGCCGAUGCGAUGAAGAAGAAUCCUCCAGAUUGUGCCCUCUCUGCUGAGGCUGCACCAUGGCUUUGCAAAGAAAGCUCGGCAUGA